AUGGGCUCCGCGGUCACAGUGGAAAUAUCAAUCAGAAGGGGCACAGACAUUGACGUGGAGGCUCGCAGCUUCAUCAAAUUAGUCACUGACGUUUCGUUACGCCGACGCUCGCCCACUUUUAGCCUCGUCCAGACUUGCCACAGCAUUCACAAGAAGACACCGCUAAUUUUGGUGGCUGAGGGAGGCCACAACCGCGUGCUUCGACUUCUGUUACAAGAUGCCAACUUCAAGGCUUCGGGUUCAACAGCAAUUCAUUUGGCUACGCUCAACGGUCAUGCUGCAGCAGUUGAACUACUUCUCCCCCACGACCCGACCUGGUUUGUCAAUUGCGCUACCCGGAAUCAGACUCUUUUACGUGUUGCAGGCAGCAAUGGCCAUGUCGAAGCUGUUUCACUGCUGUUAGACAGGAACGAUAUUGAUGUGGAUGCAUAA